AUGUCCGACCCCGCAACAGAGAUAAAACGCCCCGCGAACCUGCCCUCGGCGACGCACCACGUCGUCGUCAAGCUCGAGACGAUCCACGUGGCACUGCCGGAGGUCGACACGGGCGACCUGACGCACGAGGUCAUCGGGUACGAGUACACGCGCCCGUCGGAGCCGCAGGUCGCCGCGGCGCGGGUGUGGCCGGCGAGCAUCCUGAUCACGACGACGGUGCCGAUUAGCAAGGAGACCUUGGGGGAGGCGCCUUAUUUAAAAUGCAUCAUCACGGAAACAACGGGCACAAAUCACAUUGACCUGGAAGAAUGCAAGAAGCGCGGCAUCACGGUCAUGUACUCGCCGCAGGCGACGGUCGAAGCUGUGUCCGAACACGCGCUGGGCUUCUACUUCUCAACCCGCCGCCGCCUCGUGACGCUGCACAACACGAUGAUGGACCACUCCCCCGCGCACGCGAACCCGUGGCGCACAAAGGGCAGCAUGUCCUCGCUCCUCCUCGACGCCGAGGGCCGCCCGCCGCACACGUGCGGCAACGAGGUCGUCGGCAUGGUCGGGUACGGGCCGAUCGGGCAGCGCAUCGCGGGGAUGUGCAGGGCGCUGGGGAUGCAGGUCCUCGUGGCGGCGCGCAAGGACUCGCCUUCUUCCACCCCCGCUACCACAAACGGCCCCAACACCACCACCAACGGCGAUAUCGCCCAGCAAAGGACGCCCUUUGAGGAGGUCCUCCGCCGCGCGACGACGCUCUUCAUGGUCGUCCCGCUCACGCCGGAGACGAAGAACCUCAUCGGGGCGGCGGAGCUGGCGCUGAUGAAGCCGGACGCGAUUAUCGUCAACGUGGGCCGCGGCGGGACGGUGGACGAGAGGGCGCUGCUGGAGGCGCUGAAGGAGGGGCGGCUGUACGGCGCCGCGACGGACGUGUACGAGGUCGAGCCGGCGGGCAGCGGGGCGGAUAGCGUGCUGCUUGGGGAGGAGGCGCGAGGGGUGAAUCUGACGCUGAGUCCGCAUCUGGCGUGGUGUGCGGACCAGACGCGGGUGAAUAUCAGGAGGGUUGUGGGGGAGAAUUUGAGGGCGUUUGUGAGGGGGGAGAAGGGGCCGAAUGUGGUUCUUGAUAUGAGGUAG